AAAUCUAAUAGCAAUAAAUAAGAGCAAGACACAGGGUGAUGGACUUGCAGGCUCUUGGUACAGUUCCUCAUUCUCCACUGCAGGCACAUCCCUGUUUCGUGAGGGAUGAAUGUGUUGCACUUUAAGUAUUUUCACUGAGUUGAUGACUCCUGGAGGGACCACUGGUAGAGCUGAAGAAUAUGAAUAAUUUCUCAAGAAAAGUACAUUGCUUUUGGCACAAGAAGCAGAAUAAAGGUGAAUUAUUAUUACGUGAAAUUUUUCAGUAAAAGUCACUGAAAAUUACUUUCUGUGCAGUAACUACAGGCUUUGAACUACAGGACCCCAAACUAGUCGCCUCCUGCCUGCAGAAUCUGUCAGGUGAACAUAUAUUUUUGCUUUUUAAUUUGGUUAAAAGCAAUUUAUUUUUGAAGAAAAUAUGUCUCCUCUGAAGAUAUACGGUCCUAUCAGAAUUCGAAGUAUGCAGACUGGGAUUACAAAGUGGAAAGAAGGAUCCUUUGAAAUUGUGGAAAAAGACAAUAAAAUCAGCCUAGUCGUUCACUACAACACUGGAGGAAUUCCAAGAAUGUUUCAGCUAAGUCAUAACAUAAAAAAUGUGGUACUACGACCCAGUGGAACAAAACAAAGUCGCCUAAUGUUGACUUUACAAGAUAACAGCUUCUUGUCUAUUGACAAAGUACCAAGUAAGGAAGCAGAGGAAAUGAGAUUGUUUCUAGAUGCAGUCCAUCAAAACAGACUUCAUGCAGCUAUGAAACCUUCUCAAGGGUCUGGUAGUUUUGGACCUAUUCUGGGCAGCAGGGCCUCUCAGAAGGAAACUAGCAGACAGCUUUCUUACUCAGACAAUCAGGCCUCUUCAAAAAGAGGAAGUUUAGAAACAAAAGAUGAUCCAUUUCGAAAAGUUCUUGGCAACCCCAGUCGAGGAUCAAUUAAGACGGUAGCCGGAAGUGGAAUGGCUGUUAGCCGGACGAUUCCUUCUCUGACGCUGACAUCAACACCUCUUAGAUCAGGAUUAUUAGAAAACCGCACUGAAAAGAGGAAAAGAAUGUUAUCUGGCUCAGAGCUGACGGAAGAUUAUCCUAAGGAAAAUGAUUCAUCAUCGAACAACAAAGCUAUGACAGACCCUUCAAGAAAAUAUUUAUCCAGCAGUAGAGAAAAGCAGCUGAGUUUGAAACAGGCAGAAGAAAAUCGAACAUCAGGGCUUUUGCCUUUGCAGUCAUCCUCAUUUUAUGGGAGCAGAGCUGGAUCCAAGGACUACUCUUCUGGUGGCACUAGCCUAGACAGGAGUAAUGUUUCAAGCCAGACUCCUUCUGCCAAAAGAAGCUUGGGGUUUCUUCCUCAGCCAACUCCUCUCUCUGUUAAAAAACUGAGGUGUAACCAGGAUUACACAGGCUGGAACAAACCUAGAGUGCCUCUUUCUUCUCAUCAGCAGCAGCUGCAGGGAUUCUCCAACUUGGGAAACACGUGCUAUAUGAAUGCUAUCUUACAAUCUCUGUUUUCACUCCAGUCAUUUGCAAAUGAUUUGCUUAAACAAAGUAUCCCAUGGAAGAAAAUUCCAUUCAAUGCACUUAUCAGACGCUUUGCAAACCUGCUUAUUAAAAAAGACAUUUCUAAUUCAGAGACCAAAAAAGAACUACUCAAGAAGGUUAAAAAUGCUAUUUCAGCUACUGCAGAGAGAUUCUCUGGCUAUGUGCAAAACGAUGCACAUGAAUUUUUAAGCCAGUGCUUAGAUCAGCUGAAGGAGGAUAUGGAAAAACUGAAUAAAACUUUGAAGACAGAAUCUAUCUUUGGAGAAGAAAAUUCACCAGAUGCUUCAGCCACCAAAGUGUUCACUUGCCCUGUUAUUACGAACUUGGAGUUUGAGGUUCAGCACUCCAUUAUCUGUAAAGCAUGUGGAGAGACUAUUCCCAAAAGAGAACAGUUUAAUGACCUCUCCAUUGACCUUCCUCGCAGGAAAAAACCUCUCCCUCCUCGGUCAAUUCAAGAUUCUCUCGAUCUUUUCUUUAGGGCAGAAGAACUUGAGUAUUCCUGUGAAAAGUGUGGUGGAAAAUGUGCUCUUGUCCGACACAAAUUUAACAGGCUGCCCAGGGUCCUCAUUCUUCAUUUAAAACGAUACAGCUUCAAUGUGACUCUCUCACUUAACAACAAGAUAGGACAACAAGUCAUCAUUCCAAGAUAUCUGACCCUGUCAUCUCAUUGCACUGAAAAUACAAAACCACCUUUCGCUCUUGGAUGGAGUGCACAUACGGCAAUUUCUAGACCAUUGAAAGCCUCUCAAAUGGUGAAUUCCUGCAUCACCAGCCCUUCUACACCUUCAAAGAAAUUCACCUUCAAAUCCAAAAGCUCCUUUACUUCAUGCCUUGAUUCUGACAGUGAGGAUGAACUAAAACGCUCUGUGGCCCUCAGCCAGAGGCUUUGUGAUAUGUCAGGGAGUGAACAGCAGCAGGAAGAUGUGGAAAAAGAUUCGAAAUUGUGCAGAUUAGAGCCUGGGAAAUCCGAAUUGGAGAACUCAGGAUUUGACAGAAUGAGUGAGGAAGAGGUGCUGGCAGCUGUGUUAGAGAUAAGUAGGAGAGAAGCUUCACCUGUGCACAGCCAUGAGGAUGACGAUAAGCCAACCAGCAGCCCUGACACUGGAUUUGCAGAAGAUGAUAUUCAAGAAAUGCCUGAAAAUCCAGAUGCUAUGGAGACUGAGAAACCCAAAACAGUUGCUGAGCCAGAUCCUGCUAGUUUUCCUGAAAUAACGAAAGACUGUGACGAGAAUAAAGAAAACAAAACUCCAGAAGGCUCUCAGGGAGAGGUUGACUGGCUGCAGCAGUUUGACCUGGAGCGUGAAAGAGAAGAGCAGGAGCUUCAGCAAGCACUGGCCCAGAGCCUUCAAGAGCAAGAGGCUUGGGAACAGAAAGAAGAUGAUGACCUCAAAAGGGCUACAGAGUUAAGUCUUCAAGAGUUUAACAACUCUUUUCUGGAUUCCCUGGGCUCAGAUGAGGACUCUGGAAAUGAGGAUGUUUUUGAUAUGGAGUACACAGAAGCUGAAGCCGAGGAGCUGAAAAGAAAUGCUGAGACAGGAAAUCUUCCUCAUUCCUAUCGGCUCAUCAGUGUUGUUAGUCACAUUGGGAGCACCUCUUCCUCAGGUCAUUACAUUAGUGAUGUGUAUGACAUUAAGAAACAGGCAUGGUUCACAUACAAUGAUCUGGAGGUCUCUAAAAUCCAAGAGGCGGCUGUGCAGAGUGACCGAGAUCGGAGCGGCUACAUCUUCUUCUACAUGCACAAGGAGAUCUUUGAUGAGUUGCUGGAGACAGAAAAAAACUCUCAGGCACUUAGCAUGGAAGUCGGGAAAGCUCCCCGUCAGGCCUCGUGAGGAGCAAACUCCUGGGCUGGCACCAUGAACGGCAUUUCCCUCUCACUGCCACCCACCUCACCUUUCCUCUGCCUGAAGAGAAUUUGGAAUUCUACUUGAUGCAGGAGCAACACACCGCUCAGGGCCAAACCAAAAGUCAAAAUUCAGUCAUGUGCAACGCUCCAUGCUGUUUUAUGGAAACCUUGGUCUCAUCUACAGCUGAUUAUCCUUUUUCUCCUACAAGAGUGACGCUUCCUUUUGUCUUAGAAAUACAUGUUGUAAAUAUAUAUUUGUACAUACCCACACACAUACGGAAUGAAUGAAGCCUUAAAGAGCUAGGAUGAGCCACCAAAAGUAGUAUGCCUGCUCACAAUGCCACAGCUGUCUGGAGGAGAACUCUGAGUGUCCAAGAAUUCAUCUGAGGAGGGUGUGAAGAUGCACAGAGCAUUUGGCUUUUAACUUUUGCUUUUUGAGUGGCUUCACUCGAGUCCAACCUUUCAUGUGUUUCUUAUGAGUAAAGUUCACUGGAAAGCCA